AUAACUUAAAAUUUUGGCUAUUUUUGUCUUGUUUUUUUAUUUUGUUUUUUUAUAUUGACGCGGUACAAUCGGUUACCUCAAUCAACAUGGGAGGAGAUGGAGGAAGCAUCCCUCGGAGGGAAGAAUUAGUAAGAAAGAAAAGGAUACCGGAAAGAGUCAGCAUCAAUGAUGCAAAUGCGGCUAGGUGGAAACAUUGUGCAUUGAGUCAAGAGUCCUUGAGGGAUCCUAUUGUGAUGUGCAGGCUUGGGAGACUUUACAACAAAGAGUCUAUAAUAGAAAAACUUUUGGAGAAAAAAAAUUUUGCCUGUUCAGUUGCUGAUCAUAUCAAAAAGCUCAAGGAUAUACGUGAAUUGAAGUUUUCAAAAUCUACAAUUAUUAAGCAGGCCUCUUCUGCUCUCGAUCCUGAACGCGUUGAAGUAUUCACAUGCCCUAUCAUGGAUUUUGAAUUAGACGGACAUUAUCCAGCGAUUGCUUUGUGGAAAUGCGGAUGCGUCUAUUCGAAGCGUGCAUUUGAUUCUGUGUCGUCAGAUAGUUGCCUU